AUGGAGAACCAGACGCCGCAAGAUGACCAUGCCAGCCCUAACAGCAGCAUUAGCUUGGAAGAUGACAUUGUUCUGCCUCCGGGCCAAAGCAGGUCUGAUCUUUACACCACACGCCAACCACGCAGAGACGUGUAUGGCCCGGUAACUUCGGGAUCAUUCUUGAUGAUGCCUCUCGAGUUGCCCAACGCAUACACUGCAGAGGACCCAUCUGCAGGCACGCAGCCCCCGGAUGAUGGCGACUCCUCGCUUUUCGGGCGCCGUCUUGAACGCUACUUGGCGGAAGAACAUAUUCACGAACGACUUCCUCUUGGGCUGCAUCCCUUGGGAGUGAACAAGGCGACUGUCAGGAGGUUCCUCCCCGAAAUUAUACAAAACGUGGACAACGAUGCGUCUCGGGCGGAGGCUACUCUCGGCGCGACGACAGACUGUGAUGAGAGGGACUGUCGGGGAUCGACUACCACUUUGACUUGUACCACCUCUGAUUCUUCACCGGAAGCCAUCGAAGCACACGAUCAUAACGAUGCGGCCUCGGUGCUGCUUUUCCCAACAUCUUUUCCAAGCUAUGACAUGAUUCCUAGCUUUUUGGAACCAAGCCAGGCUGAUGUGUCUCUCGUCCAGCCAAAGCACGUCCAGACUAGCAGUGAGUCCCAUCUACUAGGUUCAGGCACAUGUGAAGAGGACCUUGAAGUGGGACGCAUCCUGAUGCAACGUCGGCGGAGGAGAGAUGUUGAGAAACAUGACAAGUGGCGCGUGGGGAAGCAUCCGCGGGUGAAAAAGGCGAUUCGUCUGCGAAAGAGGUCGGAGGAGUUGAAGUGA